AUGGAGGGAGCUGUGCCACACGGCAGCAGCUCCGAAGCGGCGGCGACGACGAACGACGGGGCCGUCUGCAGCAUUACGGCAAAACAGUGGGACACAGUCGCUGUGUGGUCGUGGAAUGUGCAGGUAGGAACCUGUGCCAUUUGCAAAAGCGCAAUAGCGGAUCGCUGCAUCGAGUGCUGUGGGAUGGGGGAAAGUCUCAGGAAUAGCAACACCGCCACCACAGCGCAGGGAAACAGCAGUAACUGGGGUGAUCGUUCCGCCUGCAACCAACUGACUUCAAGUGCCGGGUCGAGACAGGAGUACCCAGCGCAGCAACCACAGCAAGAGCUUACGAUGGCUUCCGCAGCGUUGGCAUGGGGCGGCGAUGUCGCAGGGGAGUGUCUCAUCGUCUGGGGCGUGUGCAACCAUGUGUUUCACCUCCACUGCAUCUCGAGGUGGUUGCGGCAGCAUCUGCAGUGCCCCAUUUGCGGAAGGGAGUGGGAGGUCGCCAAGACCACUAGGAAUGACUACUGA